UCACCUGGCAGUAGGUCUUCAAGAUCUAAAGGCAUGAGUAAAAUGAGGAGCUUUGCACACAUCAUCGCGACUUUCGAAUGGCUUUCCUCUAGCUCGACCAAUCACAGUGGUCAAAACGAAAACCUACCUCAUCCUAUCACAGUGCUGUGUAAAAAAAAUUCAAAACUCGCCGCCCCAGUCUCUUGCUCGUUUCUAAACUGGCCAAUGGCAGCGGAGAAAAAGACACGGGAGAAAUCCCACGUGAUGGGGAAACCAAACGUGAUCAAAACUUUGCAAUUGCAUGCAAUUAAGUCAUUUGAACACGCUCGCUCAUUCCAAUCAAAGUUUCGGGAACGGCCGUCGUGUUACUAUAGGGGUUAUUGCAGUAGAGAUGAAUUCUUUUACAAUGAAUACGAAAGAACGUUACGCAGAGAGCUUCAAAAUCUUUCGACAAAAAUCAGGAGAACUUGCUCAUAUUGUGAACAUCCUAAAUGGUUGCCUUGGAGGCAUUCUAUUGAGGCGAAACUUCUCCCCAACGCAGGGCCGCCAUCAGCUCAACGUACUGAGUGUUGGUAGUGGAUCAGGAGAGGCAGAUAUUGAAAUCUUGAAGAUUUUGAACAAGAAAAUGGUGCAGGAAUCAGAAGGUUGUCAAGAAAUAAAGAUACACAACUGGGUUGUUGAGCCAAAUAGGUAUUUCCUUGAAAUCUAUGAAGCUGCCAUCGAACAGCUACCACCAUCGUGGCUUAAAGAAAAAGGGGAAGCAGAAGCAGAACAGCACCAGAAGAAAGAAGGAGAAGGAGAAGGAUUAGGAGAAGGAGGAGACUUGGUGGAGGAAGGAUCCGGAGAAGUACUUUUUAAGCUGUUGAAUAUCACUUUUGAGCAAUUCAAGGAGACGAAUGCUGACAAAAAGUUUGAUAUCAUUCACUUCGUACAUAGUUUUUACUAUAUUGACAUGGAACAAGCUCUAGUUCAUUGUAUGGGGAAGAUUCUUCAUCGAAAUGGAUUCGUCAUUUGUAUUGUUGGAGAUCAAGACAGCUUUACUGAAAAGGUCAUUGAUAAGGUUAAAAACGUUGGUCAAAGGGACAACGCCACCCAAUGCAAGGAACAAAAUGCCGAGAAAAUCAAGAAGAUUGCUGAGAAGCAUAAGUGGAAAUACGAGCAUCAUACAUGUGCGUUCAAGUUUGAUAUUUCAGAAGUUUUCGACGAACAAUCAAAAACUGGGAAUCUUCUGCUUGACUUUUUCACUCAUACUGUCGAUUUUCGCUUUACCAGUAAUGAAAUUAUUGUCCAAGAAACUUUGGACCUUAUUAGAAGUUUGAGCUUCGUCGAGGAUAGAAAGUAUUUUGGAUCCUUGAUUGAACACAUUUUGUUCAUUUACAGCCACGAUAACUAGAAUUAACUCAGGAGCUUAUUUAAAAAAGAAUUUGUAAGGGGAAAUUAAAAGACAUUUAAACUAAGGGUUUAAUCAAUGACAUUUUAGCUCUCUAAUAAUAAUAAUAAUAAUAAUAAUAAUACGGUUAACAACCGCAUACAAGAGCAAGUGGAUUAAGACUCCUUCAAGUUGAAAUUUAGCCAAUAAAGCACCAUUUACACCUACUUGCAAGACUUUGUCAUACAAUAUUAGAACAUUAGUAAUUUAAUGAGAAAGGAAUACAUCAAAAGACAAAAGAAAAAGUUCAGCUUCAGUGAUCUUUCGUUUUCUAAUAUAAUUCCUAUCCCACUAAAUCGCUAAUGUUCUAUUUUCGUAUGACAACGUUCUUGCAAGUAGGUACAUAUAAGAACCAGUUCAGCCUGAUAAAUAAUGAAAACAGGUCCUCAUUUAAAAAUAAAGGGAGUACUUUAAGUGAUUUUCAUAUUUUUCUUCUCCAAUAUGCACCGGCAGCCCUUUCCCUCUAGUUAUGACUGGUUGUAAAAAACUCAUUAAUAAUUCAUGAAGGAAACACAAUAGAAAUCAUGACCAUGAAGGAGGUUUUAUAUCUGAUAUAGAUUCGCCUUCAUUUGCAUAAACUUUAACCUUGGAUUUUCUCUAUCAAACUUGGUUUAUAUCGUAAAGAAUUCAGUACAAUAUGAGAACAUACAUAAUGAGUUUUUUAAGACGUUAAAUAAACUCGCAGAUCGUGGUUUUUCAGGUCUAAAUCCUGAUAAAACCCUUCUGCUCGUUUAUUCAACACUACUUAAAGAGGCAGUGUCACAUUAUAAUACAUUGCAUGGAGUUUCCGAUAUAACUUUGCAACUAUUAAUGUAAACUAGCUAUUUGUCUAGCUUAGCCAGUACCAAAAAUCUGUCAUAAUCCUUAAUUUGCACUAAAUUGUAAUCAUUUCAGUUUUGUGUGGUACAAAUAAAGUAUAUGUGUGUGUG